CUCACACAUUCUUCUAUAUCCAUUUAUCUUUACCUCCCUUGGUUCUAGUGUAGUUCAAGGCUUGUAGCUAGCCUUGACAAAAUGGCAAUAUCGAAUACCUCCAUCAUUUUCCCCAUUAUUGUGUUCGUGCUUCUUUCCACAAACAUCCCUACUCAAGCUAGCGACUCUGGUAGUGGAAACUCAAAGGCAACCAACCUCAUGGUGGAAGCAUGCAAGAACGCCUCAAUUAACUCCUACAUCAAGACUGUCCCCGAAGAAUUUUGUUUGUCGACCCUCCAGUCGGACAUUCGGAGCAUCAAGGCUAAGGAUCUCCAUGAUCUAGUGCUCAUUGCCAUGGACAUCACCAAGGGCCGCCUCACUUCUGCUAGUGGCAUGGUCAAGAAAAUGCUGCAAAAUGCCAAGAAGGGUACGGAACUACCAAGGAUACAAGGGAAACAUGCGGUUCCAAGAGCUGGCUAGCUGUGUGAAUGACGCAUAUGACCCUGCCGGCGCAUGCGAAGAAGAGCUUCAAGAUAUGCCAGAGGAGGCGGCGCUGUUCAAGGAAAACACUGAACUGCAAAUGCUAGUAUGGAUGGGCACUAACUUCCUAGUCCCAAUGGUAGUACCAUAAUAUAUGUUGUUUUGACAUCAAUUUUACUCUUAUUUGGAAUAAUAAUAAUAGCAAUAAUAAUAGAAA